GGCAGAAAACCAGUCGCUUUGCUUGCCCAUUUUAUCACAAUAAAAAACGGAAAAGAAAAAACUUGCCAAACGCAAAAUAUUCUUUCCCUUCUUUAUCUUCCAUUCUAUCCCCAAUAUCCUUCCUUGAGCAUUGGCCUUUUCCUUUUUUAUCAUUAUCAUCAUCUCCUUUCUCAACUUCACUUUCUCUCUCUAUCUUUUGUUUCUCUCUCUAAUGGCGACUCUGGGCGACAUUGGGGUGUCUGCUCUGAUCAACAUACUGAGUGCAUUCGCGUUUCUGUUGGCCUUCGCUUUGCUGAGAAUACAGCCGAUAAACGACAGAGUUUACUUUCCCAAAUGGUACAUCAAUGGCGAGAGGGGAAGCCCCAGGAGCAGAGGGAACUUGGUGAGCAAAUUCGUCAAUCUGGAUUUCAAGACGUACUUGACGUUCUUGAACUGGAUGCCUCAGGCCAUGAGAAUGACUGAGCCGCAGAUUAUCUCCCGUGCUGGCCUCGACUCUGCCGUUUUUCUCAGAAUUUACAUUCUUGGCUUGAAGGUUUUCGUCCCCAUUACAAUCAUAGCACUUCUCCUGCUUAUACCAGUCAAUGUGUCUGAUGGAACAUUAUCCUUCUUGAAGAAAGAUUUGGUUACGAGUGACAUUGACAAGCUCUCAAUUUCAAAUGUACGUCCUAAAUCAGUUAGGUUUUUCGUCCACAUAGGUUUGGAAUACUUAUUCACAUUCUGGACUUGUUUCCUGUUAUACAAGGAAUAUGGUUAUGUAGCAUCAAUGAGAUUAAAUUUCUUGGCUUCACCGCGCCGGCGUGCUGAACAGUUCACGGUAGUUGUUAGGAAUGUACCACAUAUUUCUGGUCGUUCUCCAUCCGAUACAGUGGAUCGCUUCUUUCAGACAAACCACCCAGAUCAUUAUCUUUGUCAUCAGGCAGUCUACAAUGCAAACAAAUUUGCUAAAUUUGCAAGGAAGAGAGAUCGGCUCCAAAAUUGGUUAGACUACAACCAGCUUAAGUUCGAAAGACAUCCUGACAAGAAACGUACUAGAAAGAAAGGAUUUAUGGGACUUUGGGGUGAAAGAGUUGAUUCAAUCGAGUACUACAAGCAACAGAUUAAGGAUCUUGAUAGACGAAUGACACUGGAACGCCAAAAUAUUAUCAAAGACACAAAAUCCAUUCUUCCAGUCACGUUUGUCUCUUUCAAUUCGAGGUGGGGAGCUGCUGUCUGUGCACAGACACAACAAAGCAAGAAUCCCACAUUAUGGUUGACGAACUGGGCGCCAGAACCUCGAGAUGUUUAUUGGAGAAACUUGGCCAUACCAUUCGUUUCCUUGAGCAUUCGGAAGCUUGUAAUAUCAAUAUCCGUAUUUGCCUUGGUGUUUUUCUAUAUGAUACCCAUAGCUUUUGUGCAAUCUCUUGCAAACUUGGAGGGUCUUGAAAGAGUUGCUCCUUUCCUCAGGCCAGUGAUAGAAUUGAGCUUCAUCAAGUCGUUUCUACAGGGUUUCCUUCCUGGUCUGGCACUUAAAAUCUUUUUAUACAUUCUUCCAACUGUUUUAAUGAUCAUGUCAAAAAUUGAGGGGCAUAUAGCAUUAUCGACCCUGGAGCGUAGAACAGCAGCAAAGUACUACUAUUUUAUGUUAGUGAAUGUAUUCUUGGGAAGCAUAGUGACUGGAACAGCCUUUCAGCAGCUUGACGCUUUCCUUCACCAAUCUGCUACUGAGAUUCCAAGAACCAUUGGGGUCUCCAUACCAAUGAAGGCUACUUUCUUUAUUACAUACAUAAUGGUUGACGGUUGGGCUGGCAUUGCUGGUGAGAUUCUCCGCUUGAAGCCAUUGGUUAUUUUUCAUCUCAAGAACAUGUUUUUGGUGAAAACUGAGAGAGACAGAGAGAGGGCGAUGAAUCCCGGGAGUGUGGACUUUCCAGAGACUAUCCCGAGUCUUCAACUAUACUUCCUUUUGGGGCUUGUGUAUAUGGUUGUUACUCCGAUUCUUCUUCCCUUCAUGGUAGUCUUCUUUGCCCUUGCAUACUUGGUUUACCGUCAUCAGAUAAUCAAUGUGUACAAUCAACAAUAUGAAAGUGCUGCUGCCUUCUGGCCACAUGUUCACACCCGCAUAAUAGCGAGUUUAUUUAUAUCUCAGCUUCUUUUGAUGGGUUUGCUAAGCACCAAAAAGGCAGCUAAUUCUACUCCGUUACUAGUUGUUUUGCCCAUAUUGACAAUAGCAUUCCACAAGUACUGCAAACACCGCUUUGAACCCGCAUUUAGAAAGUACCCCCUUGAGGAAGCCAUGGCCAAAGACACAGCGGAACGCGCUGCAGAACCUGACCUGAACUUGAAAGCUUAUUUGGCUGAUGCCUACUUGCACCCGAUUUUCCAAUCAUUUGAAGAAGAGGAGACCGUCAAAGUUCGAGUGGACAAACACCAAACCCACACUGCGAGUCCCACAAGCGAACCUAGCUCCCCUUCCCCAGCGGGUUAUGUCCAUAAUAAUCCUUCCCCUCCACACUAUGUCCUUCACCCUCCCCCGCCACCACAAUAUGUUUAUCAUCACUCCUCUCCGCCCCAUUACGUAUAUGACCAAUCAUCUCCAUCCCACUACGUCUAUGUUGCUCCGCCAUCCCCUCCAAGAUAUGUCUACCCCCAUGGAGAACCUUGAACUAAUUCUUGUAAGUUUUCCAAGACAAAAAGUUCUAACCUUCUUUCUCUGUUGAUAGUUUGUUAACCACUGUAUGCUUUCAUUGAGGUCUUGCCUCUUUCUACUUGUAAUUAUUCUUCUGUUCUUUGCUCCAAGUAUAACUUGGUUAUGUGUUUGAAACUGAGAGAUCUCUGGAAAAGAAGUUUAGGAUCACCAUUUCUUUUUCUUCUUCGACAGGUUCGUUGACUUCUAUUUUCUCAUCUUUCAUUUCAGAGUACGACUUGUUUUAGCAAGGAAUAUAGGGCCAUGUUUGAUUGCCUGUAGUGUAUUGUAUUGUAUAAAGUGUACCAAACUGGGCUGCAUUGUUACGAUACAGUAUGAUAAUUGGUCUUAGUGAUAUUAAAGGGGUUAAAAACCCGAUGCACUGUUUGAUGAAGCA